AUGCCUUCCCCGUCCCCAGCGGCCAAGGUCCAGAUGGCACACGACCUCAGGUCCACCAUUCGCGAACUCAAGGACCGUGGACUGCUCGUUGCAGCUAAAUGGGCGAACGAGCUCCUGCUGGCCCUCCCAAAGGAGCACCGCACAGCACCAUACCUCCCCUUCUCCCCACCCCAGCACCAGGUAGGCUUGAGCACUCCCCCUCGAGCACCCCGUCCUUCUGUUGCCGCUUCCGAGUUUAUGCCUUCCCCUCCCCGCUUUGACAUGGAGGUGUUUCCAACCAACGCCGAAGCGGGACCAAGCCGCGCCCGCACACGGCACGGGAUCGAGCUGGAGGAAGAAGACGACGUGCUGGACGAAGACGAGUUUCAGCUCGCUAAGAGCUACUUUGACAUUCACGAGCUGGACCGAGUCGUGCACACGCUCAAGAACGCCAGGGGAUCCCGGGCGCGGUUUCUCAAGUACUAUGCUGCGUUCUUGAGUGCCGACCGCAAAGCACAAGAGUCUCUGCACCAUUUCCUGGACACCAAGCAGGAACGCCUGGCACUGUUCCCCGCGCUCUCGACAAUUCUCGCCGAUAUCGGAGACGACACGGAGCCAUACCUCAUGUACCUCCGGGGCAUGGUGCACAUGCGUCUCGAGCAGCGCGACGAAGCGAUCGCAUGCUUUGUGCGUAGUAUUCGGGACAGGCCGUACAACUGGAGCUGCUGGAGCCAACUCGCCCAGCUCGUCGACUCGGCAGACAAGUUCAUCGAGCUCAAGGAGCAGCUCCCGUCCUCACCCAUGCUUACCUUCUUCGCCAUUGCCGUCAUGCUCGAUCUCCAUACGGCAACAGACCUGGUCAUGACCAUGAUAUCAGAGCUUCAGGAGACCUUCCCCAACAGCGUGCACCUCAAGGCCCAGAAGGCAUUGGUGUAUUACCACAUGAGAGACUUUCAAACUGCCGAAAAGGAGUUUGACGAAGUGCAGGCUGCCGACCCGUUCCGUAUGGAAGAAGUGGACAUUUACUCCAACAUGCUCUACGUCAUGGACAAGCGCGCCAAGCUCGGCAAGCUUGCGCACGAAUACGCCGAGAUUGACCGUAACAGGCCAGAAGUGUGCUGCCUGAUAGGCAACUACUACUCAUCGCGCGCAGACCACACCAAGGCGAUCACCUACUUCCGCCGCGCGCUCAUGUUCAACCGCGAGUACCUCACGGCAUGGACGCUCAUGGGCCACGAGUUUGUGGAGCUCAAGAAUUCACAUGCGGCCAUUGAGGCGUACCGCAAGGCCAUUGACAUCAAUGCCAAGGACUACCGCGCAUGGUACGGUCUCGGACAGGCGUAUGAGAUUCUCGACAUGCCCAUGUACGCCAUCGAGUACUACAACCAGGCGACUUCUCUGAGACCUUAUGACUGCCGUAUGUGGACCGCCCUCGCCACCGUGUACGAAGGUCUCGGUCGCCUCUCCGACGCAAUCGCAGCCCAUACGCGCGCUCUCCUCGGUGCAGACAGGCAGCAGACUCCCCAGAUCCUCACCAAGCUGGCCAACCUCCACACGACGCUCGACGCAUCGCGUGGCCGUGCGUCGGCUGAGGGAACAGGGUACCACCGCAAGCUUCUUGCUCUGGGCGCCAAGGAUGGGAGGGAAGUGGAGGAGCUCGCAGCAAGCUAUAUCGCCGUUGCAGAGUGGGAGAUGCGCGCCGGCUCGGCCAGUGGCGAUUGGGCCUUGGCAGCAACGUACCUCGAAAAGGUUGCACAGAGCAACGCCCUGCAGCGCGACAAGGCCGAGGAGCUCAUUCGCGAGUUGCGAAUGCGCGAGGCGAGAGCCUAG